GGGCGCGGGGCCGGCGGCGGCGGCAUGCGGCUGCUCGCGCUGCCCAGAGCGCGCUGACACGGGGCAGCUCGGGCGGGGGACGCGGCGGCCGGCGAGCCGAGGGCGCAGACAGCCGGACAGACCGCGGACGGCGGUCGGGGCGCCGCGCCAUGGGCCGAGCCGGGGGCGGGGGCGGGAGCCCGGGCCGGGGGCCGCCGCCGCUGCUGCUGCUGGGGGCCGCCCUGGUCCUGGUCCUCGUCGCCCGCGCCGCGCCGGCGCGCGAGGCGGGCAGCGCCGUCGAGGCCGAGGCCGAGGAGCCGGGGAAGAGCGUCCCGGCGUGGGAGCCGCGCGCCAACAGCUCGCGGGAGCAGGCCAGCCCGCCGGCCGCCGGGGAAGACCGGGCCGCGUGGGCCGCGCCGGGCCCGGGGGAGGGCGCCGAGGAGGCCCUGGAAGCGUCGGCGGCCGUCACGGACAGCGCCUGGCUGGAGGCCGACGGCGCGGGCCCGGCAGGGGUGACGGCGGAAGCAGGCAGCGGGGACGCCCGGGCCCUUCCGGCCACCGCGCGGCCCUCCGUGCCCGCCGCCACCCCUGAGGUGACACAAGCCGGAGCGCCAGCUUCCGCGACCGCGGGCCCCAGGGAGAGCCCGUCGGGGGUGUGGCCGCACCCGGAGGGCAGCAGCCCGGAGCCCGCGGCGUCGGAGCCCACGUCCCCGCUGCGGGGCAGCCCGGAGCCCGCGCCCGACGACGACGACGACGACGACGUGGCGGACACGGACUAUUUCGGAGGGGCCGAGCCGGGGGACUUGGCGGGCGGGGAGACGCCGUCCUGGAGCCUGCUGGACCUGUACGACGACUUCACGCCCUUCGACGAGUCCGACUUCUACCCCACCACGUCCUUCUACGACGACCUGGACGACGCCGAGGACAGGGACGCCGAGGACAGGGACGCGGCGGCCGGCGGGGACCCGGGAGACGAGCGGGCGCCCACGGCCGAGCCGACCGACCGACCCCCGCGCCCCGGGAGCAGCUCGGCCCUCAGGCCGCGGCCGCCAGAGCCGGGCCCCGGCGAGAACAACGGCACCGAGUGCCGCCACGGCUUCGUGAGGCACAACGGCUCCUGCCGCUCGCUGUGCGACCUCUUCCCCAGCUACUGCCACAACGGCGGCCAGUGCUACCUGGUGGACCGCGUCGGGGCCUUCUGCAGGUGCAACACGCAGGACUACAUCUGGCACAAGGGCAUGCGCUGUGAGUCCAUCAUCACCGACUUCCAGGUGAUGUGCGUGGCUGUGGGCUCGGCAGCCCUCGUCCUGCUCCUACUCUUCAUGAUGACGGUGUUCUUUGCCAAGAAGCUGUAUCUGCUUAAGACGGAGAACACCAAGCUGCGCAGGACCAACAAAUUCCGGACCCCAUCUGAGCUCCACAACGAUAACUUCUCCCUCUCCACCAUUGCUGAGGGCUCUCACCCAAAUGAUGAUCCAAGUGCUCCCCACAAAAUCCAGGAAGUCCUCAAGUCCUGCCUGAAAGAGGAGGAACCAUUUAACAUCCAGAACUCCAUGUCACCCAAACUUGAGGGUGGCAAAGGUGACCAGGCUGACCUGGAGGUGAACUGUCUUCAGAAUAACUUAACCUAAAUAGAACAGAGCAAGAAGAGAGGAGGGGUGGGGUGGGUGGGGUGGAGAGGGGUGGGGUGGGGAAGAAGCAUUAUCUCCUCUUGUACAGAGUCUAUUUCUUGUAACCAUUUGUUAAACUCUUUCCUUCUCGGUCUCAUGGCAUGCUUUGAUGUUCUCUGUACAGGAAGAAAAAGUACUAAGUAAGUGGAGAACCUGAACAGAAUUGCAUACACUGGGUUUUGUCUGUGCUAUCUGUACAUUGCUUCUGCCUCUGUGAUUUCUAAACCUAUGCUGUUAUUCAACUGACUUUUUUUUUGUACUUUGACCCACCUUUUUUUGAAAUACCAGUAAAAAAAAAAGUUCUUGAAAUAAAACUUUUUAAAAAGC